AUGGAAGUCAAACAAAAGGAGGUUAUUCGCCCACUAGCAAACUUUCAUCCUAGUCUUUGGGGAGAUCAGUUUCUCAUCUAUGAGAAGCAAGAAGAGCAAGCUACGGUAGAGCAAAUAAUUGAAAGUCUGAAAGAAGAAGUGAGGAAAGAAAUACUGGUAGCCUUGGAUGAUCCGACCAAACAUACUGACUUGUUGAAACUAGUCAAUGACAUUCAACGCCUCGGCAUUGCCUACUGUUUUGAACAAGAGCUGGAGCAAGUCUUUAGCCAUAUUUAUACUGUAUAUGGUAACAACUGGAAUGGCGGUAGCAUUUCACUUUGGUUUCGACUCCUCCGACAACAAGGGUUUUUUGUUUCCUGCGAUAUUUUCAAUAAAUACAAGGACAAUGAAGGAUGUUAUAAGGAAUCCUUAAUUGCUGAUGUUCAAGGCAUCCUUGAGUUAUAUGAGGCAGCAUAUAUGCGGGUGCCAGGAGAAGUUGUGCUAGAUGAUGCUCUUGCUUUUACAAAAAAACAACUUCAAAAUAUAACAAAGGAUCCCCUUCGAUGGAACUGUACUCAUUCUAUUUCGAAGCACAUAGAGGAAGCACUAGAGCGACCUAUAUUGAAAAGGUUGCCAAGACUAGAUGCCUUGCGAUACAUACCUUUCUAUGAACAACAAGAUUUACAUAAUAAAUCCUUACUUAGACUUGCGAAGUUGGAUUUUAACCGGCUGCAAUCCUUGCACAAAAAAGAACUUAGCCAACUUUCCAAGUGGUGGAAAGGUUUUGAUCCUCCAAAUAAUCUUCAUUAUGUAAGAGAUAGAUUGGUCGAAAUCUAUUUCUGGAACCUAGGUGUCUACUUCGAGCCUCAGUAUUCUCGUUCCAGACUUUUCUUAACUAAAGCGGUGAAUUCGAUAGCAAUUUUAGAUGAAACUUAUGAUAGUUACGGUACUUAUGAAGAACUUGAGAUUUUCACAAAAGCAAUUCAAAGGUGGUCAGUUACGUGCAUCGAUGUACUUCCAGAUUACAUGAAGCUGCCAUACAAAAUACUCUUGGAUUGUUUUAGUGAAAUGGAGGAAAUCAUGGGAACUGAAGGAAAAGCAUAUCAAGUUAACUAUGCUAAAGAGUCGAUUAAAGAAUUGAGUAGAUGCUACAUGGCUGAAGCGAAGUGGAGACAUGAGGACUAUGUUCCAACAAUGGCGGAACAUGAAUCAGUUACAUUCAUAAGUUGUGCCUACGUUGCGAUUGCAACAUCAAGUUUUGUUAGCAUGGGUGAUAUAGUAUCAGAAGAGUCAUUCAAGUGGGCUCUAAGCCAUCCUCCCCUCCUAAAAUCUGCAUCUGCAAUUAAUAGGAUUAUGGAUGAUAUUGUGGGCCAUAAGGAGGAGCAACAGAGGAAGCAUGUUGUGUCGAGUGUAGAAUGCUACAUGACGGAACAUAAUGUGACAGAGGAGCAAGUCUAUGUUUUAUUCAACCAAAGAGUAGAAGAUGAAUGGAAAAAUAUGAACCACGAGUUUCUCAGACGUAAAGACAUUCCUAUGGCUCUUAAAGUGCGUAUGUUCAACAUGGCACGUGUAAUGGACAUGCUCUAUAAGUAUGAUGAUAUGUUAAAAAAUGUUGGAGAAGAAUUCCAAGAUUAUAUCAAGUCUUUGUUCAUAAAUGUUAUGAGUGUUUGAGUUCCGAUUCUUCAUAUCUCAUGUAUCGGGAUGAUAUGGGUUCUUCUUUUUAAAGAUGGAAAACUAUGGCAGCGAAUAAGACCUGAUAUUGGAUUGUGGUUAUAUGGUCAAUUAGAGCUAUAGUUUAUGUUUUGUAUUUUAACUUAUGGUUUGCAUUUGUGUUGUUGUUUUUCAUAAAAUAAGUGUUCUGAUUUAAUGCAUUGUUUUAAAA